AUGCCAGCACCUCCCCCUCACCUAUCGCCUCAUCGAAUACCCGCUGCGUUUGCGCCAGCUUCAUACCAGUCGGGUCACCGACACCUCGACGUCUUCUCCCCAGUCGACCAGAAUGGCAGUUUUUGUUUCGAUCGGGUGAUCAAGAGCGGGAGGGUGAACCGGCGGAUCAAGAACAAAGGAGCAUGGAAACCCUCGUGGAAACCCGCUUACCUGGUGCUCCGUCCGAACCUGCUAUCUGUCUACCAGAAUGCAGACGAAACCGAUCUGAAAGCAUCUAUAACGUUGUCCGAGGUCAACGCCGUGGCACCGGUUCGGAAGGCGCACAUGGAAAAUGUGUUUGGCGUAUUCUCUCCAUCAAAGAACUACCAUUUCCAAGGUCUGAGCCCGGCAGAUACAGCAGACUGGAUUGCGCAUAUCCGUGCUGAAGCGCGGACAGAAGACGAAGACGACUUUGAUAUACUGGCUCCACAAUUCUCUUCUCAAACAACGUAUUCCGACAUGAUGCUCCCCAACACCAGCAAUUAUGAGUCGACCGACCUGUCCGCGGACGAAGUGGCACCGCCGCUCGAAGCCACAUCCUUUUCUCGUUCUCCGGAACGGUACACGACUGCAUCUUCUGUGCAUGGUGGCGCAUCGAGGAAAGGGUCGCAAGUGACAUCUCACCAGCACCAGAGGCGGACGUCCACGCUUCAGGAGUAUUCUGGAAACGAGCAGUUCACAACCUCCCACUCUGAUUUCUCAGACGGCCUAGGAACCUCUUUACCUCGGACUUCUGCACUUUCAUUGCAUAACAGACCGCCUGUCUUGACGCCCAUUGCAUCGUCCCAGCAACUCUACAAAAAUGGACCCCAGACCAUCGGUCCCAAAUCACCUGUGCCUCCUCCUGCAACACCCAAUGAUCCCACAACCGUCGACCCGGAACGCGUUAUCCGUCACGGGUACUUGCAGGUCCUCAAAUCCCACAAGACGGGUGUCAAAGGUUGGAAAUGGAUCUGGGUUGUUCUCCGGCCGCGGACGAUGGCUUUCUACAAGGACGACCAGGAGUAUUCGGCCGUCAAGGUCUUCCCCAUGGAUUCCGUCAUCGACGCCGCCGAAAUCGACCCCAUCAGCAAGUCCAAGAAGUUUUGCUUCCAGGUCAUCAUGGACGAUAAGUCGUACCGCUUCUGUGCGCCAACGGAAGAUGACCUGGCCAAAUGGCUGGGUGCGUUGAAAAGUGUCUUGAGCAGACGGAACGAGGCCGACAAGGCCACUGGAACCUUCAAAGGCAACGGCAGAGGGCACAGCAUCGUUGAUGCAACGGCUGCCUUGUCACUACGAUGA